CGCGAGGACACUUCAUCCCCAAUGUUUUGGCCAUGGUUGACAAGCGUUGACGCAUACUAGUACUGUAGUAGAGUUCCAAUUCUCAAAGUGAGAACAGCAAUAAGCCAUACUACGACUUUAGAGUUAGUUUGGUGGCCCUAGUCUAGUCGACAACUAUCGUAGCCAAUACCAUGGCCGGAAGCAAAGGCGUGAAUCCGCAAGAAGCGACCAUUCCGGAAGAGCAAGAAGAUGAUUCGUCGUCACAGGAGACUCCGAGUAACAAAGAGAAUAGUGGUAGUGAACAAAAGACAGCCUCGUCUUCGUCAACGUCUCUCGCGCGAAACACAAAGAAGAAGAAGAACAAACCGAGACAACAAGUGAAUAAUAUGGCUUCGACAAUCACUGCGAGUAGUACUAGUAGUAGUAGUCCAUCGAAAGCAAAGAAGAAGCAAAAGAGACGCAAGAAGAGGAAUCGAGUGGCUUUUUUUGCGAGUGUGAAAGAGGAAGAAAGCACUAACGAUGCCGUCACGAAGCCACCUUCCAUUCCCCUUCCUCUCACCCACUACCAAACAACACUUAUCCGGAGAGCCAUUCGAAAGCAGGACUCUGGCAAAGCGUCACCCAAAGCUCAGUCGACGACAGUCAAAGAGGAAGAGGAUGUCAACGACGAUGGUGGUGAAGUGUAUGGCGAUGUCUCGCUCGGGAUGAAACUGACGUUUGUUGGAGGAAGAGUGAUUGUCCAGCACCUGAAUCCCUUGACUGAUGGCAGAGCAUCCCCUGCACAAUUGGCGGGGGUCGUUCAACGAGGGGACAUACUUCUCGCUAUUGACAAUAUGAGUCUCGUCAAUCUGCCCUUUAACCUCCUCAUGGAACGCCUUCAGCCAUUGAGCAACCCUGAUUCGUCGGGAGUCUACAAGAGAGUCAUACAUCUACGGAUGGCUGCUGAAGGGCUCGAAAAACUUGAAAAGUUUGAAGCGGCCGAAGCGAGAAAGUCCUUUGCCACGGAGGAAAGUGCUGCUGAACUUUUCUCCUUGUUCCCAAUGGUAGACCACAUGAGUAACAUAUCACUCGUCGACAAUCCUCAAAUGCGAACAACAAGGAACCGUCCUCCGCAAAUCCAAGAAGAAAAGAAACAAGAGACGACGAGUCCCUCGCCAACCAGUAAUUUAUCAUCACCCACCAAAUCUCUUCUCUCACCCACCAACCAGUCGGAUGUCCCCGCCGAAUCGGAGCCACCAGAGGCUAGUGGUCAGCAAGAAGUAGCAGCAGCAAAUCAAGUUGAAAAAUCAAUGGAUGAUAUCAUAUCGGAUCAAGUUGCUCAAUGGCGAUCAUUGGAACGAAAAGCCUUUACCAGCCAAUACUUUGCGUGGAACGACAACUUCUCAGAGCUCCUACGACCGCGUAGAUCACAAACAGCAGGACAAAACAACAACAACUCGGUGCCGGUAGAUGUCACGGAACAAUCCAGAUCGAAAUCGGAAAUGUUGGAAUUGGGACGAAGAGCCAUUGUCGGAGCCGAUAAUUUGUAUCGACGCAUGGAAGAAUUGGACAGAGGAAAAGACUUGCGAUCCUUCCGAUGCUGGAAUUCGUCCAUCAGUCUUCGAAGUAGAGCCAGCACUCGCCGAAGAUACGUCUUGGACGCGGUAUCGUUGCCUGUGACACUCAACAAUAUGAAAAACAGUUCGCGGCAGCAAACAGGUGGUGGUGGGAGCUAUGUUUCGUCCGAUGCCAAUAGUGAAGCAAGUGAUAUGGAUGACGUGGAUGGUGAUGAACUACUUCUUCGACUGGCAGCACACGAUGAGAUUUGGCGGCGCCAGGUCUUGGAAUCCCUCGAGGCUGCUAGGGAAAAGCUAGAAAACGGCGAAUCAGAUAGCUCAGAUGAGGAGGAAGAUCAAGAAAAAGAAGAUCAGGUGGCUCGUAGUGGCAGCAUGGACGACGCCAUCACCCAGGGGUUGGGGGCGUUUCUAUUUGGUGAGACUAUGGCCAAAAUUAUUACCAAAAAGAAAAAGAGUAAGGCGCUUCCGCCAGCUGAGAUUUCUGCGGUUCUAUUUGAUUUGUCCACCAACCUCGCAUCGACCAUGCCCGACGAAGUUGCCAUUGGGGAUGGCACCGCCUCUGGCCUGUUAAAGUCAAGCUUGGUGCCUUUCCUUGGGAGAACACGGCCUGAGGCGGGAAGCUCCGUCAUCUUGGCCACUCGGUUCGUUUUGGACGAGGCUCUUGAGAUUUGGCUGAAAACAUUUCGGCCGUUGCCGUGGGAGUCACGUCGCGUUCUUUGGCCUUACGCAAAGCGCUCACCGACUGCAGGUGAAACUCUCAGCCGGAGCAUGCUCUCCGAUAUGGACAGCCUCAGCGAUGCGUCUCCCAAGACUGCCUUCACGGUUGGUUCUACCAAUGGCACCCGAUCAGGAGACUUGAGACAACAAAUUGAAGACCAAGAACUGGAUGUUGAGACCCGAGCAGAAACUUGCUUCCUCGUCACCUACUACUUUACCCAGCGGCUUUUACCAAAAGUCGCUUCCAGCCGCAACGAUGAUAGUAUCGUUGACACUUCUGAACUAAUUGAGUUCAUCGAGACAUAUGGAGCUUACGUGAAGUUGCACACUUGUCUGGCAUACUCGGCUGCGUUGGAAUUCCCUGAUGUCAUUGAGAAGUUGCUCGAGCUUGCGGGUCAUGAUCUGCGACACAAGGAAAUCACCAAGCUCUUCACGAGGCGCAACGCGCUGAUUCUGUAUGAGCCCACCAUGCUUUCUGCCGUCGUACAGUGUCUCCCGCGAAUCAGGGAAGAGCCUAGCGCAGAUCGUCGCCAGGUUCUAGUCGAUAUUUGCGUUUCGGCAUACCCUGAUUUGUGCCCUUGGCAAGUGAAACAGGCUUUGCUAGAAGAGUCCCCUGUCCCGGCUGGGACAAACAAGGCUUCGGAGGCGGACAUGAAAGACUUGUAUUAUUACUAUCUGUCCAACUUGCUUCAUCCUCACGAUGGACACGACGGUGCAAGAAAGGACGCUGCGUUGGUAGAGGAGUGGUGUUUGCUGUCACUCGAUGACAGUGGUUCUAGAAACAAAGCCGACAUCAAGUCACGAAGGAAGAAUUUCUUCAGCGUUGCAUCACGGAAUUCAAGUGAUCAUCUUGGAUAUAGACGUGACCUCGUCAUGCUGAUCAAAUUGAGCAUGAAGAGCCAAGAGCACGAGCUUGCAUUGGACCUUGCUGGCGAGAUUGUGGAACGCCCCGCUCUUUCGCGUGACAGCUCGGUUCUGUUACUAGUCCUCGAAUUCAUGAGAGAUAUCACACAGAGAGCGCUGGAAAAGGGCGGGCAGGACAUGCUGCUUACCCUGAAGAGGGCCACCCGACUCCUGCGCCAAAUGUCGCUAGCCGCUGAACCAUUAGAAGAGCAAGUGAUCAGUGUUCCUGAUGAGUUGCGCAUGAUGUUGGAGUACAAGGAAGGAGCAUGCAAAGCGAGCAAGUCAGAAGUGUUGGACCUGGUGGUAUUCCUAUCAGACGAAUCCGUACCAGGUGAUUUCCUAGAGGCAUUCGCCGAGUGGAGCCGUACCCACGACCUUUGCUCUGACACCUUGCAAAUCCUCCAGCGUGUGCUGAGGCGUGGGACACGGAGUGCGUUGAAUACAGAGCUAUCGGGGUCUCUGCUCCGUCUACGAAGAGCCCGACGAAAAAUGGAGACGCCCACUGAUACAUAUGGAACGAGCACCUUGAUGCCAGAACCCACAACUUGGAGCCUAAUGGGCAAAGGGCUCGUCGCUAUUGACAAAUAGAUUAAUGAUGUUGUAAUAGUUGUUGAUUUUGAUGAUUCCUGCACCUCGCAACCAAAUCUGAUUGUUGCAUUGUGUCACAAAGGCUACUCGCCCGGUGGAGUUGACGCCGGGAUCAAUAGCUCCACAUUCCAGAAUAAAAUUAUAUGGAACACUGUUAAUAAACUUAGAAGCUAUGGCAACAUUCAUUUUGCUCCUUAGGCUGGCUGAGAAUUUUGCAGAGAAGCGGUACAAAAUACUGUCCGCUCAUAAGACUUUAUGAAAAGAGGUUCACUCGUUCACUCCGUGAAAGUACCAAUUUAAAGGGUGGGUGUUUCGACUCCUUGCUUCUUGUAUUGAUCGUACACAAUUUGGACAUCGCGCUUUCCACCCAUGAUGAUGGGGCACUUUGCAUGGAUUUCAUCGGGUACAAGGUCCAAAACUCUCUGAAUCUUGCCCUCAAACAUACCAGUGGAAGCAAUUCCCCCAGCCUGUUCAAUAAUCAUGGCCAUGGGAAUACCUUCAUAGAGAAGACGAAGCUUUCCCUUUGGAGAUUUCACGUCGGCUGGGUACAGGUAGAUUCCCCCAUAAAGGAUGGUACGGUGAAUGUCAGCCACCAUCGAUCCGACGUAUCGAGCAGAGUAAGGCUUGGGUUCUCCCUUUUUGAAUUCGGCAAUAGCAUCCUGAAUUGGCUGGUCCCAGUGGAUAGCAUUUCCCUCGUUGGCCGAGUAGAUAGUCUUUCCUCCGUCCUGUGGGAAGAUCAUCUUUUCUCUGGUGUGGACAAAUUCUCCAAUGGUGGAAUCCAGGCAGAAACCAUGGACAUCUCCACCCUUGAAUGUGAAGACCAUCUCCACGGCAGAACUGUAGGCCACAUAUCCAGCGCAGACGCAGUCAGCUCCAGAACGGAGAAGAUCAUCGGCAUUUCCGUCACUGCCAGGUUUUCGUUCGUAGACACUGAAGAUGGUUCCAACACUAACAUUACAAUCAAUGUUACUGGAUCCAUCCAAAGGAUCGAAUGCAACGCCUGUACACAGUAAAAUAAAUCUGGUGAGAAAAUUGGCCCAUAAUAUGUCUGGAUAAGCAAGUCUUCCAAUAAACCCAAUAGUAACUCACAGAAUUUUCCGGCCCUUCCGGGAGGUACAAUGAUUGGUUCUUCGUUUUCCUCGGAAACAAGGACACAGCAGACUCCAGAGUUGACCAAUGCAUUGAUCAUCAUAUCAUUCGACAUAACAUCAAGUUUCUUUUGGUCGUCUCCAGUGCUGUUGACCUCUCCCGCCAAACCAUAAAGCUUGGCAACACCGGCACGCUGCACAGCAGACGUGAUCAGUUUGCAUGAAGUUCCGAUGGCAUUCAUCAAAAUGACCAAAUCGUGGUCAUGGGUGCUUGCCAUGACAAACCUGUUCAAGGUUUUGGCGUCCUAGAAAGGAUAAAGCACAGAGAAAUCCUGAGAAGCAGUUUCUAUAAAUUACCAUCCCAGAGCCGAACUCCAAACAAAGACAGAUAACUUACGACGUCGAACUUGUCCGCCAUUGUUGCUUCUUUCUAUUACACGAAGGAUACAAGUACUGCUUUUGUUCCGCAGCUAAAAGUGAGAAUCCCAAUGCAAAAGCCUUGUGUAUGUAGAAUACUUUCUCGUUUUGGGUAAACGUACGAGCAUCCAACGUGGUAUUUUGUACGUGUGUCUUUGGCCAAUGACUGACGUGUUGGUUUCCCCAAAACUUUGGAUCAUUCGUGCAAAUCGAAUCGAAGCUAGCAAUCUUGAUCGAAUUCGAUUCGAUUCGAUUCAUCAUUUCGAACUCGAUAGCUAUUUUUAAGCCAGCAACGCAAAGUAAAGUUUGCCAAGGCUUGUCAUCAAUACUGUACAUGUAUCUAGCACAAAGUUGAUGCAAGCUGGAACUGCAAAAUGUGCCCAAUAGACAAGAAAACUGGCAGUCCUUGUAAUGAAUGGAUACCAUUGAAUUUGGAAAUCCUGGGUAUCCUCAUCAGCAGGGACAUGUGCAGUUGAAACAAGGUACCGGUUCUGCUUUCUCCCAAGUAUAUCUGUGCAGCGAGCGUUGGCUACCUCCUUGCUACCGGUAUUUUGUUGGUUGUUGAACGAAAAGGAGUGACAGUCGAAGGUCUGUUUCUACUAGUAGCAAGUUUCCGGAAUUACCUCCAGCCAGGAUCUACUGUUAGCUAGCUAGAAUUCAUCGCAAGGAGCACCAUAUUUAUGGUCUUCUGUGGUCAAGCUAGGAUUGGUCCAAUGUGCCAGCCUUGCUUCCUCUCGACCAAAAGCAGACAUCAUGGAUAACCACAAAUCUGCUCUGGGUCGUGACUCUCCCUCCUCCUCUUCAGCCAGAUCAUGAUGUUCACAAGCUCCCGAAACAACGAUUUCCGGCGGUCCACGGCAGAGGAACCAACAUCCCUCUGCCACUUCCCUUUCCAACUGGCCUUGAUACCAACAGCUUGCUCCCACAAAGAAGGUUACAUCAUCUUUGGAAGCAAAAGCAGAUUAGAAGGAUGGUGAGGAAUCAAAUCGAAUCAAGUCAGCAAUCCAAUUAACAACCAACAAAAUUUGUUGUUUUGUUGAGUGAGCUUGUACGCACGACCAUUAUUUUUUAAAUUCACUCACCUCGAUCAAGUGUACCCGACGCCACGGCCUCUGCCGCAUUUGUGAUAUUCCCCUUGUACGCGACAACUUUUUCGUCUUCCAACCCAGUGACAUUUGGCAAUUGGAUUCCACCAACGUCGCCGUCUUUUUCCGUGUCGUUACUGUCGUCGUUGCUGCUGCCAAUAGUAUGAGCCAUUUGAAUGGUGGGCAUGUGAACGGGUCCCCCAUCUUUCAUGGGGAUCGUACCGAGAGAAGCGAGAAUAUCUUUUGGGAGAUGAGGCAGUGCUUCGGCCAAGUUUAAUGGCUGCAAAUUGCUGCCGCUGCUAUUGCUGGGAUCCUUGAGUGUGACUCGAUUGACAAUUAAUCCUAUACAACUAACGGUUUUUCGAAAGAAUCCCGUCAUGUGAGGAUGUGCCACGAGAAAGACACCCGGUUUCAAGAGAGAAGCAAUAUCGGUAGCGUCGUUCCAAAUCAGAGGUUCGACAUGUUUGGCCGCCUGUUUGUUGUGACUGGGCUCGUCUCGUUGCUGCUCCUCUUGUAGUUCCUUUGCCCACGCCAAUUUUUCAUUGAGUUUUCGGAGUGCCAAAAAGGCCGUUUCUCGUCGCACAUCCAUGGCAAAGGCAGCGGAACAAGACGACGACGACGCUUCCAUGUCGGGCGUUCGGAAUUCUCUUCGAAUCAUAUCUCUCAAUUUGGUGGGUUGUCGAUGGACGUGAUGAGGAUGAAAGUAACACGGAGCAAAUGGUGGACUGUCAUCAUUGCGGGUCACCCCGUCAUGAUGAAACUUGUACGUGUCCGAGUCCGAAAAGACCGUCCAAAGUAACCUCCGAAACAGCAGAAAAUGGGCAUCAAACCGUUGUGGCAAGGCAUCCUCAUCAUCUUCUUCUUCUUCCAUCAAAUCUAAAUCAUAGUUGCUGGAUCGCAGUUGUUGUUGACUAUCACGUCGUCGAUACUUGAGCGCCAGUUCUUCGUCCAAAUCCACGGGAAUAAACGAUCGAUGUAAUAGACACGACAGAACGGCCGCAUUCGGAGAUGGUGGCGUAAACGGCUUGACGGCUCGUAGCAGGGCACGGUACAGUCGACGGUGGAUUACUGCGUGUUUGCUGGAGGUUGCCAUGGUCGACGUAUUGUGUCGAUGUUGUGGUUCUGUUUGGUUGUGAUGAUGGGA